AUGGUGAAAACCAUUCAAGCAAAGUCCAGAAAUGGAAAUCAUCCUUAUAGGGAGGAGGAACUCCGGGUUCGCCAGUUACAAGUAGCUGAUGAUGCUGCAAGGGCUUCCCUUGGAUUACCUGUUGCAAAGUACAUUGUCACGGACACUCCGUUGAAGAACGAGUUCUGUGCAAUAGAGAAGUGGGUUGUUCCAGAAACUGGCCAAUCAAAUGGGAGGAUUAAGCACCCUGAUUCUUUACUUAGAGCAGCUAAUACUUUAGUGAAUAGGUCAAAAGUGAAUGCCAUUGCUGUUGUUGGACGUUUCCCAGAUGAUGAAAUUGAUGAAGUAGAUUACUACCGGCAGGGAAUGAGCAGAGAAUCUAGUGUGCAGCUGAUGCUUGUUUUCCUCAUAUUUAGGAAAUCUGCGCUGGUUGGAUGGGAUUAUAUAGGAGGAUUAAACAUGUCAAUAUUCUUUGAUAUCAUGAAUUUUUUGACUUCCAGUGCUGAGAGUUUACCAACCUCCUCAGCUACUGAUUUCGGACUAAGAGAUAGACUCAUGGGAAGUGGAGACAUUGCAGGAGCAUGUGCACAAGGAAUUUGGAACUCCUUCACUACUAGAUGA